AGACCCUUUUCGUCGGCUCUCCGUGGAAGAAGCGCCUGCUCGGCUGCAGCGUCUGACACAAAGGAUGGCUUCUCAGAAUGAACGCACAAUCAAUGCCUCGAAGACGCCACCUAAGCCAACUGCAGCAACACGGGGCCUGGACCAGUGCUGGUAUGUGGUCAUCUUCUGCGCCAUGACCACAUUCCUCACUUCCGCCACCAUCAGGUCAUCGGGUUUUCUUUACAUCGGCAUAAUGAGGGAGUUCCAUGCGGACCGCGGUCAAGCAGCCUGGCCAAUCUGCCUCAUGGGAGCCAUGGCCAAUAUGGCUGGCCUAGUCGCUGGUCCUUUGAGCCAGAAGUACACGCCGCCGCCCGUCAUGUUGGCCGGAGGCAUAAUAAUGUCAGCCGGCAUCAUCGCUUCGAGUUUUGCACCGACCAUAACAUGGAUUGCGGUUACUCAAGGGAUAAUGUUUGGUUUAGGAUCAGGCCUGGUGUUCAUGACGAUGCCCAUAUUCAUCAACCAGUACUUCGACAAGUACAGGGGCUUCGCACUUGGCAUCACGUACACGGGGUCCACGAGCUCGGCGUUCGUCUUUCCGCAGUUGCUGCUCUAUCUCGAGAAGACGUACAACUUUCGCAGCAGCAUCAUGAUCCUCGGCGCCAUCAUAGGUCAUGUCAUCGCCAUUAGCCUCAUCCUGAAAGAGCCACCAUGGGUUCGCCGCAAGCGAGCCGAAGACAGACUGGCUUCGAAGCAAGCCAAGCAGACCUUCAUCAUUGAGAAAGAAGACAUGAAAGAGCAAUCGAAUACCAUUCAUAAAGACGCUCCUCCUGGUGAAACAAGGGAAGGUAAAGCAAAAGAUAAACCAAAGAAGCCGGUGAAUCCUUGGAGCCUCCGUCAUGGGUUUACUGUGCUUGAGAGUCCCAUGUUUUAUGUGGUGACGCUGACAUGGAUUGUGUUCGGUUAUAACUUCGACGUCUUCAUGGCCACCAUUGUCGACUUUGCUAUCGACAAAGGCACGGAUUUGGAGGCAGCCGUGGGUCUUAUACCGCUCUUCUCUAUGACCGAUACGUUUGGACGCUUGUGUAUCCCUCUGCUUGCCGAUAGAGGAUACGUGACGCGCAGUAGCCUAGCCAUGCUCACCUACCUGUGGAUGUCUAUUGUACUGCAAGUAUUUCCCCUUGUCCGCGGCUACUACCAGCUGUUGGCUGCCUGUCUGUGCCUCGCGAUGGCCAUUGGCUGCGGCAUCACUAUUAAUCCGACCCUCAUGGCCGACUACAUGGGCAUCGAGAGGCUCCCCAUCAGCUACGGCAUCGUCGGUACAAUCGCUGGCCCAUUGUUUCUACUCAAGCCAUUUUUUAUUGGCUACUUCCGCGACCACGUCGGUUCCUACGACAACAUGUACCGGUUCCUCUCGGGCGGUGUCUUUGCGGUUGGCCUGGUUUGGCUAGCCGUGCGCCUGAGCGAGGGCCGCAAGCGCAAGGCAUGGCAGCCACAUGCAGCGGGGGCCACUGACGCCAUCGUCGUCGCUGGCCAUGCCAUCUACUGCAACCCCGGUUUCGCGGCCAUGGAGUCUGGCGGCAAGGAGGAUGACCACACUGGGCCGAACGCGAAGAACUGUGAUCCUGAAUGCACAACAGCCUCAACAUGAGGCUCCGCAGACGAAUUAUUUUGUUCAACACGACAUGUGCAAGUCCACUCGAAAGAUUGCCCCGCUUCGGAGAAAUACAGCGGGCGCCAAGACCGGAGUACCCAAGAACAUGGCUUGUAACACGGUUGUCGGGCUGCUUUUAACCCGCUUUGUCUACUCUGAAACUAGGGUUACACGGGGAGCGCGACAUAAAUGCGUUACCGAAUGCGCGCAUGGUUACACGACUUCACAUGAUGGGGUAAGACAUGUUCGCCACGCAGCGGACGACAAAACGUCUCUGCACCCUUUCCGUACGGCGGAAAAUGACAAAAAUGUACCAAAUAUCUGAGAUAUUUCUGAAAUUCCCGGAAACAUCUCAGAAAUUUGUUUUAAUAUCUCUGAAAUUUGUUAGAAUAGUAUAUGUUAGAGUGCUCAGAAACUCUCAGAUAUUCUCAUUUGGAGAUAGUAAAGUACAUAACUGGGCUAGUUAGUACAUUGUAAAACGGGUAAAAAAUCAGCGGUAACACACGAGAGACCAGAUCAAAAGACGACGGGACAAGCUGGAAGGGACUGGCGACGGACGACUUUUCAUCUGGACUCCCGUGUGUUUCCGCUGGUUUGGACUGGACUGGAAAAACUUUAUUGAGGUCCUGCAGGACGCGCUUGUUCUUAGCCGUUUUACAAUGUACCAAUUAGCCCAGUUCGCAGCUCUGCAACUCCAGCUGGUCUCGUCAUCCGCCCCAUCUAGUCUCUCGUGUGUUUCCCUUGGUGUUUUUAUCCGUUUUUUUAUUUUGAGUGUUUUCGAAUAGAUUUUUGAUAUGGCGCAAGCCACAUUGUUUACCACGGAGGCUUUGAAGACCGUAAUAAACAGAAAAAGAAACACCGACUCAGGAGCUCCGAGUCAAUCACUGCGCUAAA